AUGGCAAAGCACGGCGGUGCAAAGACCAAAACCACUGUCUGUUUCUCAGACGGACUCAUCUUCUUCUCAGGAGCCUUCAUGUCAUUAAUUCUCGUUUGGUCUUACUUCUCAAUUUUCUCACCUUCCUCCAUUUUCACCCUAACCGGUUUUCGUCGAGACACCGAACCAAUCAAAUGCUCCGGUUUAGACAUGCAAUCCGACCCGGCAGACUCCAAUUUCUACGACGACCCGGAUCUAAGCUACUCAAUUGAGAAACCAAUCACGGGAUGGGACGAGAAACGACACCAAUGGCUUGAAUCCCACCCCACAUUCAAACCCGGUUCAGAAAACCGGAUUGUUAUGGUAACCGGUUCUCAACCGGCCCCGUGUAAGAACCCAAUCGGAGACCAUCUUUUGCUCCGUUGCUUCAAGAACAAAGUCGAUUACUGUCGGAUCCACGGACACGACAUCUUCUACAGCAACUCUCUGCUUCACCCCAAAAUGAAUUCUUAUUGGGCCAAGCUCCCAGUGGUUAAGGCCGCGAUGAUCGCUCACCCUGAGGCGGAGUGGAUUUGGUGGGUUGAUUCUGAUGCGAUUUUUACCGAUAUGGAGUUCACAUUACCGUUACAACGUUACCGUUAUCAUAACCUAGUGGUUCAUGGUUGGCCUAGUAUUAUUUAUGAUAAACAGAGUUGGACAGCUGUUAACGCGGGAGUUUUUCUUAUUAGAAACUGCCAAUGGUCGAUGGAGUUAAUUGACACGUGGAAGAGUAUGGGACCGGUGAGUGACGACUACGCCAAGUGGGGUCCGAUCCAACGGUCGAUAUUUAAAGAUAAGCUCUUUCCCGAGUCGGAUGACCAGACGGCUCUGAUUUAUUUACUGUAUAAACAUAAAGAGGUGUAUUACCCUAAGGUGUACCUCGAGGCAGAGUAUUAUUUUCAAGGGUAUUGGAUUGGUGUCGUUGGGGGUUUCUUCGCUAAUGUGACGGAGCGUUACAACGAGAUGGAACGAGAGGACGCCACGUUGCGGAGACGGCACGCAGAGAAAGUGAGCGAGCGAUACGGUGCGUUUAGGGAGGAGAGGUUUUUGAGAGGCGAGUUUGGAGGGAGAGGGAGUCGACGGAGAGCGUUUGUGACGCAUUUCACGGGUUGUCAGCCUUGUAGUGGGGACCACAACCCGAGUUACGAUGGUGACACGUGUUGGAAUGAGAUGAUUAGAGCCCUCAAUUUCGCUGAUGAUCAGGUGAUGCGUGCGUAUGGGCACGGGCAUAGUGAUUUGAGUAAGACUUCUCCUCUUCAGCCUCUGCCGUUUGAUUAUCCUGAUGAGACUUGGUGA